AAUUGACGAGUUCACAUCUUCCUGAACUCGGUCUUUUUUCAAGGCCGUGUAGCACGCACAACGUGAAACUCGGCUUUUCGACCGACCCUAGGGUCAUCAUCAUAUCAUGGACUCGUCAAGUUGGGCCGUCGCCGACCAUUCGGUCCACCCUGCUCCCGAGGAUGAUUUUCAGCAGUAUUUGGAUAUGAAUGGCAUGGGCAACCUGGCCGACGGCAUCAACUACAACUUCCAGGACUUUCAGCCCUCGGGCGGUCCCCAGAUGCUACAGCAGCACCCCCGGGAGCAGAUGGACAUGCCCAUGAGCGGCACCGACGCACCAAUUCUCCUGUCACCGGCGGUGCCCGCGAUGCAGCACCACAUGCCGCCCAUCACAAGCGCUGCUUCCUAUCAGAGCGUACCCGCCACCAUGAUGCCGCCCCCUACUCCGAACGAAGCCAUCGUUGACACGAUCGAGGCGCAGAUACAAUUCCUCCAGCAGCAGAAGAUGCGGCACCAGCAGCGGCACAUGGAGGAACAGCAGGCUGCAUUCUUCACCCGCCAGCAGCAGAACCGCAUGGUUCCUCCGACACCCCAGAGCCUGGAGCUCCAACCAGGGUCCAACCACUACUACCCUCCGACUAGCGGACCGGAGCAGCAACAGUCACAACAACAACAACCCCAACAACAACAACAACAGCAACAACAGCAACAACAGCAACAACAGCAACAACAGCAACAACAGCAACAAGCCAUCGAGUACCGGUUUCAGAGGCUAAAGGACCAGGCAGACAUGUCAUUUACCCCACUGGUCUCACCGGCGGUGACGCCGCUCGACACUCAUUUCUCAGUCGAUUCACAGUUUGCGGCAUCAAGUGCCUAUUUCAGUCCCUUGACAUCACCAGCUCUACAUGCCCAGACCGACCCCCUUGCCAUGUUUGAUCAGUUACACAGCGUCGUGAGCACGAGUUCUCCCGUCGAUAUGGAGCUGGACCCGUCGUCGGCCGUACCGGCCAUGUCAAAUACGACCCCUGGUGAUCUGGCCAAGAAAAUGCGAAAAAAUGCGGCCAAGGCAAGAGCCAAAGGCGGCAUCAAGCAAUCACCAAUCUCGAAACCUUUGCGCAGGAGGACUACGACGACUCCUAGCUUGAACGCUCAGGUGCUGACGGAGCUUGCUGAAAGCGUUGAACGCAACCAAGAUCCCCAGUUGCUGCCCACACCUAUGAUGCAAACUUCUUCCUCGUCUACCACGGGAGUAACCGAUUCCGAGGACUCUGUCUCACCCGAAGCUCUGAACGACACAACCCCUGUCGAUAUGCCUCCACCUCCCAUACCCAAAUCGCGAUCCGCGAAACCAUCCCCGUAUAUUGCUCCGCAGGCCAGUGCGGUUCCCAGCACCCUGCAACCUUCACGACCAGGCAUCGCGUCCCCUGCGACCCCCGCGUCGCUGAUGAAGCUCAGCUCACCAAGUAACGGCAGCGCGGGUGCGAGGGCUGAUAGCCAAGAGGCGGUCGAUACCGACCAAAUCGAAACCUUUGAGCUCCCGGAGUCGGCCAACUUCUUGAAUAAGACCUCAACACCCAGUAGUGGCCCGACACCGACACAGUCCUCCCAAGAUAGGGCUUCCUCCAAAACGCCUUCUUUAGCACCUCUCGCUUCGCCCUCCCUCAUGAAACCAUCCGGCACCUCAUCCGCGACCCAAAGCCCCCAGCUGCUGGCCGGGUCUGGAUUCGGCGCCAGAAAGACACCCCAGCUUCUCCCGCGAGGGAGCAAGAAGCGCGGGAGCGUCAGCUCGAUCCCAGUCUCACCCGCUCUCCGGCCGAAGAUCUCGCCCGGCAUCAAACCCCUCCUCCCGGGCGGGCCGGACGUCGAAGAGGCCGCCUCGCACCUCCUCGCCACAAAAUCAAACUACCAGCGCAUCCUCGAGGGCAACACCCUCCCGGGCGUCUCGUACCCGAGCGAGCUCUCGACGAACCUCACCUCGAAGCGCACCUCGCACAAGAUCGCCGAGCAGGGCCGCCGCAACAGGAUCAACUCGGCGCUGCUGGAGAUCGCCACCCUGCUGCCCCGCCCGCCCAAGGACAGCGAGGGCGAAGGGAGCGACACGAAGAAGGACAAGGAUAAGGGGGGCGGUGGUGGGUCUGCGCCUAAUAGCAAGGCUAGCACCGUCGAGAUGGCUAUCGAGUAUAUCAAGCAGCUGCAGCAGGAGGUUGUCGAGGCGAAUCGCCGGGCGGAGGACGCCGAGAAGAGGCUGGAACGGAAGGGGGAGGGGAAGGCUGCUGGGGCGUGAGGUGGUGGUGCAUGAGGUGGUGGUGCGUGAGGUGGUGGUCUGAGGGUUGGCGACGGGAGGAGAGUGUGUAAGUUUCGUAUGGAUAUGGCUGGGACUGGCGGGCGGGUAUGAGGUGGGUGGGGUGGCGGUGUGUGGGAAACGGAAAAGUACA